GGGGUUCCCAACUGGUUUGGUUUCCGUCGCCUCUCCGCCAGAUCCAAGCUUCCUUUUCCCAAACCCUCGCGCUUUAUCAAUCGAAGUGCCCUGUUCACUUUCUUCGAUUAGAGCCAAGAAUGUGCACGCAGAGGCUUACAAGGUCGUCUUUCGUUUCUUCCGUCUUCUUAUUGGACCACACCUGUCUGCCCUUCGGUUUGACAUUCCUAACGAAUUCUACGCCCAUCUCGACAUCUCUUCCAUACCAGCGCUUUGCCCAAACGUCUGCAUGUUGAGCAUACGAGGGUUCGACUCCCAAAGGUCUGAAAAAACCAUGCAUUUGUUGUACCGGGCAGUUUCCGAGCUCAGCCGUGUAGAGAUUGUCAGGUCUAGUGUACCCUCCUGGCAUAUACUGAGCAGUCUCGCUCAGGCGAAUGCACUGCGACGGUUGUCGGUGAAUUUUCCUUAUCACCUUGGCCCUGCGACAGGGCACCUCAGCGGCGACGUUUUCCCUCGACUUCGCGCUCUGGAAAUUUGGGCGAGCUCCAUUGCACAAUGCACAGAUCUGUUCCGCUGGAUUCCCCUCAAUCAAGUCGCUGAGAUGUUUAUCUGUUUAGCAUCCCACAAAUACCGCGAUCCUUUGCAAGCACUAGUUGAGGUGUCAUCUCUGGUUUCAUCCCAGUGCCAGUCUCUAGAUUUCCUCUGGAUUUCGAUUCCCCUGAAUGCUUCCACCCGCCACGUCACAUCUACUUGGUGGCGAUGUAUGUUGGAACCCUACCAAACUUGUCAUCACCUCAAGGUUAUUGCAUUGCAGGUUUCAAGCAGCUUGACACUUGCAGACAAUGACUUGGAGGACAUGGUCAAGGCUUGGCCACACUUGGAGGUGUUUCACCUAUUUCCUGAUAACAGUGAGGACCCUCCAGUUCAGCUCACGUUUCGAGGAGUUAUCGCCCUGCUACAUCGUUGCCUCAAGCUCAAGGAUUUUACCUUGAUGUUCCGUGCGACCCCAUUUCAACGCGUCGCUCGACUUAGCAACGGAAAACUCGUACGGAACACCUCGGUGAAGCGUAUGGGAGUCCACACGUCCUGUGUUUCGGAAAAUAGCGAUGUCGCUGAAUAUCUCUCCAUUAUCAUGCCGUCUUUGAAGAUCAUUCGUCUCACAGAAAGGGCUCAUGAGGCUUCAUGGUCCUAG